AUGAAAUCACUUUGGGCAGUUCCUUCCAUGUGAUAUUUCCAAGCAAGAUCCGCUCUGUCGUUCCUGACUGAGAUUUGAUAUUUUGAUUGUUCACAAUGGUAUCCGGCAUUGUGUUGUCUCCAGUUGUAAAUAUUUUUGUCAUUAUUUCUGCAGCUGUCGCAAAUGGUCAGAUGAAAGUGUCUCAAACCCCCGAAAGUGCAUACGCUGUCGAAGGUGAAAGCUUUACCUUUUACUGCGCAUUCCCUCUUUUUCGCGAUCAAUCCAAUGUGACUAUCAGUUGGUGGAAACUCGGCGAUACCGAACUUCUGCAGUCAGGAUCUGACGGCAGGAAACGAUUUCUCCCUUUGAAGAAAGGUGAAGCCUCUCUGCAACUCUUAAACGUCAAGGCCGAUGACUCUGGAGUCUAUUACUGUGGAGUAAAACAUCCGGAUGGCCCCAUUGUAAAUGGAACUGGGUCAAGGCUUGUUAUCUAUGUUCCUCCAAUUCCAUUGAAAAUUAUCUCCAAAUCACCUGAGAACAGUGUUCCCGGAACUUUAAUUGUCUUGUGCAAAACGGCUGCUUUUUACCCAGACAGUAUUAAUCUAACUUGGUACAAGGAUGGCCUUCAUGUUACCAAGGGGAUAACGGCUCUGAAGCACUUGAAUUCCAACGGACUUUAUGAAUUUACCAGCUACAUGGAAGUCACCCGUGCUGCCCACAAUAUUACCUGUCAGGUCACUCACCGCACGCUUCCGAUUCCAGUCCGCAGCACUUUCUUUGUCUCAAAUCGGAAAGUCCACAGGUUCAACAUUCCUUUGAUUCCUCAAUUUAUAUUAGGUUUCUUCAUGAUUCUCGCUCUGACACUUAUCAUUGCUGAUUAUGCUAAACAUCUUAAAGUGAAAGGAAGUAAUAAUACAUAUGUGGAAAAAUAGAACAAGUUGAUCUGCGGAAACAAAAGUUGAGAACAAACUAUGACAGUGCAGCAACACAUAACAGUGAAAGAAAUGGAUUUAUGCACAAAAUAUGUCAACCUCAGUCAGAAAAAAGAAUGGAGCAAUGUGAAGUAAUAAAACAUUUAAAACCAAUUUAAACAAUGUACAUCAAAUUUACCUUUUGUUGUUUCAAAUCUUGCUGUAACUGUAUGAGAUUUCAUUUGGUUUCGAUUUCCAUAAAGUUGUGAGUGCAAUUUCCUGUGUGCAUUGCUGUGUUUUGAACAAUUACAACUGAAAGCAGAUUCUGCUUAAAGUAUAGUGGUCUAUAUUGUUUGGAUCAAAGGAGACACUCAUUAGUUUGUGGUUCAUCUGAAAAACCAAUUUUUAUAUUUUAUGGAAUUAAAGCUCUGUCAUCUUAUUUGCAGGUGUGAAUUGGCAUUUAAUUCAGUUAUUUUUCUUGCACAAUGUACUAUAUAAAAUAUUUUAUUGGUCUAGCUUUUUAUUAUUUAUUUGGAAACUUACACUUAUGUAGCUCUGCACAUGAAUUUAGUACAGAUUAAUCAGUUAAUCAGUUUUACUUUUCAUCUGCCUUUGCAUGUCAAAAAUGGUGAACAUCAUCUUUACUGUUACAUUCAUCAUAGUGAUGACAGUCCUCAAGUGCAGUUUUCAUGUAUUUAGAUCAUGUCGUUGCUUGAAUUGUGAUCUUUUGAAAGCACCCAAUAAGUUCUAAUAGUGUCAACUAAUAUAAAGUAAAGUUGUUGCUUGCAAAGUGAUUUCCUUCCUAUGCUCCCUUUUUCCACCAUAAAGCAAUUUUGUUAUAGUCUUAGCUUAUCUGUUUGAACUGAGCUUCUUAAACUAACAGUUAAAAGUUAAAAAUCACACAGCACAGACAUAAUGUCUCACAAACACUCACAGCCCCCACAAGCACACACCUACAUGCAAGCACACACAUAGAAGUUUGUGGGGUGAAUUUGUACUUGCAGAAUUAAUCUUAUUUUGCUCAAAAACUGCAUGAAUACAUGUAAGAUUGUGUGCAUUGCUGUGUUUGAAGAAUUACAAUUGAAAGCAGAUUCUACUUAAAGUAUGGUGGUCUAUAUUGUUUGGUUUAAAGGAGACACUCAUUAGUUUGUGGUUCAUCUGAAAAACCAAUUUUUGUAUUUUAUGGAAUUAAAGCUCUGCCAACUUAUUUGAGAUGUGAGUUGGCAUUUCAUUCAGUUAUUUUUCUUGCACAAUGUUCGAUAUAAAAUAUUUUACUGGUCUAGCUUUUUAUUAUUUCUUUGGAAACUUACUUAUAAAGCUCUGCAUGUGAAUUUUGUACAGAUUAACCAGUUAACAAUUUAACCCGUCUGAGCAUUGGGACACAGACAGACAGACUUUAACCUUACACCUUCAAUCUGAGCUGACAUGGCAUCUAUUGUUAAAGU